ACAAAACGUCUUUCACGCUGGUUUGAUUUGUCAUUCCCUGCUCUCCGUACAGAAACAAUCGGACUGCGUCUUUAGUGUUUUCCUACAGCGCAAACGUGGGGUAUUUUUCAUGUAUUUGGGGAAAUAAAGUUGGCCAAAACAGCAUUUAACAGGCUACAGUAGCAACCCAUAACAUAACAUAAUAAAAUGGAGACAGAACACCGUUCUAAAAAGAGACCCUGUGGGGAUGAGAAGUCCGGAUCAGAUCAUCCAUCUGAAGAGGAUGACUAUGUCCCAUACGUACCUGUCAAAAUCAGAAAGCAUCAAAUGCAACUGAAGAUGCUGCGUCUGCGAGGGAAGGUGGUAGAGGAGGAGCAGAAGGAUAGUGGAGGAGAGCAGAGAGAUGAGGACGAGGGUCUGGGACCACGCUCUAACGUCUCCCUGCUGGAUCAACACCAGGUCCUGAAGGAAAAGGCUGAAGCUCGUAAAGAGUCAGCCAAGGAGAAGCAGCUGAAAGAAGAACAGAAGAUUCUGCAGAGUGUGGCAGAGGGAAGAGCUCUCAUGUCGGUGAAGGAAAUGGCCAAAGGCAUCAUCUAUGACGACCCCAUCAAAACAAGUUGGUUGGCUCCACGGUACAUCCUGAACAUGCCCCCUGCGAGACACGACCGCGUCAGGAAGAAGUACCACAUCCUGGUCGACGGUGACGGUAUCCCUCCGCCGAUCAAGAGCUUCAGGGAGAUGAAGUUCCCACAGGGAGAGAGUGAAGAGAAGAUUGGUCCUAAACAGACCCACACCACUCAUAGAGUACUACUGAGGCUGUCUGUCAAGACCAGUUUUGAGUGGUCAAACAGUAAGUACUCUGAACCAGUCAGUCAGCCAACUAGUCAGUCAGCCAGUCAGGUCAGUCAAGCCAAUCAUAUGAGAUCAGUCCUCUGUAUAGGAGGCAUGUCUGUCAAAGACCAGAUGGAGGUGGUCAAACAGCAGGGCCAGAGACAAACUCUUCUGUUUAGUGCCACCAUGCCCAAGAAGAUCCAGAACUUUGCCAAGAGUGCCCUGGUCAAACCCAUCACCAUCAACGUGGGCCGGGCCGGCGCUGCCAGCUUGGACGUCAUUCAGGAAGUGGAGUAUGUGAAGGAAGAGGCUAAAAUGGUUUACCUGCUGGAGUGUCUCCAGAAGACCCCUCCUCCGGUGUUGAUGUUUGCUGAGAAGAAAGCAGACGUGGACGCCAUUCAUGAAUAUCUCCUGCUAAAAGGAGUGGAGGCUGUGGCUAUCCACGGAGGAAAAGACCAGGAGGAGCGUACCAAGGCCAUCGAGGCCUUUAAGGAAGGGAAGAAGGAUGUGUUGGUAGCUACUGAUGUGGCGUCUAAAGGUCUGGACUUCCCUGCUAUACAGCACGUGGUCAACUAUGAUAUGCCAGAGGAGAUAGAGAACUAUGUCCACAGGAUUGGUAGAACCGGUCGAUCAGGGAAGACUGGGAUCGCCACCACGUUCAUCAACAAAGGAUGUGACGAGUCAGUGCUGAUGGAUCUGAAGGCCCUGUUGAUAGAGGCCAAGCAGAAGGUCCCCCCUGUUCUUCAGGUCCUACAGACAGGAGACGAGACCAUGCUGGAUAUCGGAGGAGAGAGAGGCUGUACGUUCUGUGGUGGUCUGGGUCAUCGUAUCACAGACUGUCCCAAACUGGAGGCCAUGCAGACCAAACAGGUCACCAAUAUCGGACGCAAAGACUACCUGGCACACAGCUCCAUGGACUUCUGAAUUUACUUCACGGCUCCAUGGACUUCUGAAUUUACUUCACGGAAUACUCAAAAUACUGUCACCUACUUAAUGCUGUGCCUGGUUUGUUUUGCCAGGUACAAUGGGGACCAAUUGGGAUUGUCCCAAAAGGAUUGUUCCAAGUGCACGUCAAAUAGUAUUUGAGAUAGGAUUUUGACCCAGCAGGUCCGCUUGAUAUACAUGGCUCUGUGAGACUGACAUGGUUGGCAUGACCUUGCUUCUCAGAGCAUUCGUGGAAUAGAGGAAGUAACAUGUAUUUUUUUAUUGUUGCCCAACAUUGUCCCCGGGGGCUGAUAAGAUAAAGACAGAAUCGCUCUGUAUGUAUAAAAAGGUUGAACUAUUUUUCUGCAACUCUCUACUUCUCUUAUCUGUUUUAUUAUUUUCUGUUUUGUAUUAAAAAUUAAAUUACAUUUCUCUGCAACGUUAAUAAAUCAAUUUUACGAACCACA